ACCUAAUAGUUUGACUACCAGUAUACACGUGCGUUCUUGCUAAACUGUUUUCUUUUACAAAUGUGUUAAUUAUUUAAAAGAAUGGCUGUUGAUAAAUAUUCAGAUAUUAUUAGAACAAUUAACGAUGAUGAUGAAGAUGUGCAAAAUUUUUCUGAAGAUUCAGAUCCGGAGGUUGAGUUUCAGCCCACAAAACAAAAAAAGAAAAAACGAAUGGAUUUUGAAACAGGAUUCCAAUUUGUCUCAUCGACAUCAGAGUAUAAUAAAGAUACAUGGAACGAUCUUAUGAAAUAUGUAAAACGAAAAGCAACAUCGAAGACAGAUGAUAAAAUAGAAAAAGCACGAAAGAAACAAAAAUUGAAUGAUUCAGAUGUUAAAAUAGAAAUAGAUUCAGAAAAUGAAGAUGUUAAUGAUAAAAGUACUGACUACAUUCAUUUAUCUGACGAUGAAUUGAAGAAUGAUAAUAUACGAGUUAAAGAAAAAAAAGGUAAAAAGAAUAAAAAAAUUGAAGAUGGUACCCAAAUUGAGUUACCUGAAGAUUAUUUUGAGGAAGCACCCGCACAUGAUGCUAAUGCCACAUUUUAUCAAAUGAAUCUGUCAAGGCCUUUAAUGAAAGCAAUAGGAAACAUGAACUAUGUUCAUCCUACUCCUAUUCAAGCGGCAACUAUUCCGGUCGCUUUAUUGGGAAGAGAUAUUUGUGGAUGCGCUGCCACUGGAACUGGUAAAACUGCUGCAUACAUGCUUCCUACAGUUGAGCGAUUAUUAUACCGGCCACUGGACACAGCGGCCAUUACUAGAGUUUUAGUUCUAGUUCCCACAAGAGAAUUGGGUGUACAAGUCUAUCAGGUAGUUAAGCAAUUAUGUCAAUUUACCACAUUGGAAUGUGGUUUAGCUGUUGGGGGAUUAGAUCUGAAAGCCCAAGAAUCUGUUCUUAGAAAAAAUCCAGAUAUUGUUAUAGCAACCCCUGGUCGUUUAAUUGACCAUUUAAAAAAUACACCUACAUUCAGUUUACAUUCCAUUGAGGUUCUAAUUUUGGAUGAAGCUGACAGGAUGUUAGAUGAAUAUUUUGCAGAACAGAUGAAAGAAAUUAUCAAACAAUGUUCGAGAACAAGGCAGACUAUGCUAUUCUCUGCUACAAUGACAGAACAAGUACAGGACUUAGCUAGUGUUUCAUUGACGAAACCUGUUAAAAUAUUUGUAGACAAUAAUAAAGAUGUAGCAUUUAAUUUAAGGCAAGAAUUUGUUAGAAUUCGUGCUGGAAAGGAAGGAGAUAGAGAACCCAUUUUAGCAGCACUCAUAUGUCGAACAUUUCAUGAUCAUUGCAUGGUUUUUGUACAAACCAAAAAGCAAGCGCAUAGGUUACAUAUUCUACUAGGAGUACUAGGAAUUAAAGUAGGAGAACUUCAUGGAAAUUUAACUCAACCUCAACGUUUAGAAGCUCUGAAAAAAUUCAAAGACGAAGAAAUUGAUGUCCUUGUUGCUACUGAUGUUGCUGCUAGAGGUCUCGACAUAAGUGGUGUUAAAACAGUUAUAAACUUUGUGAUGCCAGCUACUCUUGAACAUUAUAUCCACAGAGUUGGUAGAACAGCUCGUGCUGGAAGAUCUGGUGUUUCUGUGAGUUUGGCAGGCGAAGCAGAAAGAAAAAUUGUGAAAGAAGUUGUAAAAAGUGCCCGUAAUACUGUAAAAUGUAGAAUAAUACCUCCAGACAUUCUGGAAAAAUACAAGAAUAAAUUAAUAAAUAUAGAGCCUGAGAUAGAAGGUAUUUUAAAAGAAGAAUAUGCUGAAAGAGUUUUGAAUAGAGCAGAGAAUCAAGCAAAUAAGAUUGAGAAGGCACUUCAAGGGGAUAAAGGUGAUCAGAAAGUUCAUCGCCCAUGGUUCCAAACUAGAGAGGAACGAAAAGAAGAGAAAAUGAAAUUGGCACUACAACCCAAAGACAAUGCCAAACCCAAAAAAACUAAAAAGAACAGGGAUUCUGGUCCAGUUGGUGAUCAUAUCACUGAUAAAUUACCAGGAAAAGCAAAAAAGAAAACUAAAGCAAAGCCUACAGCUGAAGAUCGUGUUAGAGCAGAAAUGGAUAAAGUAGCAUUGGUUCAAGCUAGGUUAGCAAAGAAGAAAAAUAAACCCAAAAAAAUAAGAUCGUGUGUUGAUGGAUUCCAAGGUGAAAAGGCAACGCCUGGAAAAAAGAGAAAGUCUAAUUUUACUAAUGACUUGUGUGACGUUAGUAACAAAGGAGCAAAGCGUUUGAGAUAUGAUGCUAACGUAAAACAAAAACAGGACAAAAUGACUAAGCAAAAGUUUGGCAAAAAUAAAUCAAGAGAUGCACCAAAGUUCAAUAAGAAGGGAAAUAAAAAUGCUGGAAAAGUUUUUGGAAAACCACAAGCAAAGAAGAGCAAUAAACAUGGUUAAUUUAUUAAUAGUUA